GGAGCUGCAACGUCAGCUUAUCAAAUUGAAGGUGCAUGGAAUGUAGAUGGAAAAGGACGAAAUAUUUGGGAUAUAGCAGUUCAUGAUCAUCCAGAAAUAAUUAGAGACAAUACCACAGGUGAUAGUGCUGCUGAUUCUUAUUAUCAUUAUAAAGAAGAUGUUAAGGCACUUAAAGCUUCUGGUUUCAAAUUCUACAGAUUCUCUAUUUCUUGGUCAAGAAUCCUUCCUGAAGGCAUGCAACCAAAUGAACUAGGAAUUCAAUACUACAAUAAUUUGAUUAACGAACUUAUUGCAAAUGGAAUCAAGCCAAUGAUUACGAUGUAUCACUGGGACUUGCCAGAAUAUGUUCAACAAGUUGGUGGCUGGACAAACUCUUUAGUUGUGGAUUAUUUUGAACAAUAUUCGAACUUAAUCUUUGAGAGAUUUGGUGAUCGUGUUAAGACAUUCAUUACAUUUAAUGAACCAUUUAUAUUUUGUGAGCGUGGAUAUGGAAGUGGAAUAUUUCCACCUUUAGUAAAAUCACCUGGAUUUGGUGAAUACAUGUGUGGUCAUAAUGUCUUAUUAGCUCAUGCUAGAACCUAUCGUAAUUAUCAACUCAAGUUCCAUGCAAGUCAAUUAGGUAAAGUCGGAAUCUGCUUGUAUAGUGACUACUCCUAUCCAGCAGAUAGUUCCGCUGCAGCUGCCAAUCUUGCAAAUCAGGCAAUGAAUCAUAUACUUGGAUGGUUUGCUCAUCCAAUAUUUUCAAAUGAAGGAAACUAUCCACAAAUUAUGAUUGAUAACAUUAAAAGAAACAGCGGUGAUCGUCCAUGGUCAAGACUUCCACAAUUCACAGCUGCUGAAAUUGAAUUAGUUAAAGGAAGUGCCGACUUUCUAGCACUUAAUUACUACACAAGUCGACAUGUUAGACCAAAGGUCAAUUAUCCAGAAGAAUACGGUUGGGAAGAUGAUGCAGGAGUUGACAAGUAUGUAGAUGCAAGAUGGGAACGAGCAGAAUCAAGUUGGCUUUAUGUUGUACCUGAAGGACUUCAUGAUUUAUUAGUAUGGAUCAAGCAGAACUAUGACAAUCCAACAGUUAUCAUUGCUGAAAAUGGAUAUUCAGAUACUGGAGAAAUUGAGGAUGAUAAGCGCAUCAGUUACAUUAAGAGACACUUACAAGCAGUAAAGGAUGCAAUAAGUGAAGGCUGCAAUGUUGUUGGAUACACAGUUUGGUCAUUGGUUGAUAACUUCGAGUGGCUUGAAGGCUUCCAUGAAAGAUUUGGAAUUUACUAUGUUGACUUUUUCACCAAAAAGAGAAUUCCAAAGAAGUCAGGCAAAUACUUUAAGGAUUUGAUAACUUCUAGAAAGAUAUGAGCGGGACCAAAAAGCAAUAAAUUGGUUAUUCUAUUUAUAUUUCAAGUGAGCGUCUGUGUGGUCCUGAUUUAGCAGUUUCAAUGUCAAUAUGACUUAAUGACGACGGCUUACUGCUGUAGUGAACGUUUAGUGCUGAGUUCAAAUCAAAUUCUAAGCUACAUCAGGGCCAUACUGAUGCUAUUCGUUUUUGUCACUUUCGGGCUAGAUUACAUUGAUCCUUAGUAUAUUCACUUCAGUUAAAGCUAGUCAAUUGACAUUAAUUAUCAAUUAAUGAUUAAUACAUCCAUUGUUGAUAUGAUUGUACUACGAACAUAUCAUCAAGUAGUGACUGCAUUUUGUUUACUAUAUUACAAUCCUAAUCUUAACCAUUCGGUUAUCAAUUGCCACCAUUCACACGACCACAUAUCAAUAUUGAUAGCAUUUUAAUUGAUCCUAUAUAAAUUUGGUUCCUAGUCGAAAAUUAUUCAAUCGUUUGUAGCUCGUGAAGUAGGCAAGAUGAAUACGGCGACAAAAGCAUUUUUUGGUUUAUUAUCUUUAGUAUCUAUAGCAGCACUUGUCGUUGGAAUUAUUGCUAUUGUUCAAGUAAAUCAAAAAAGUGACGAGACCACCCAAGCACCAAUAGAAACUACCACUGGAUCAGGAUCAACUACAACUGAACUUCCACCAGCAUCUGAAAAAGACUUUGCUGAUGAUUUCGAUUUUGGAGCUGCAACGUCAGCUUAUCAAAUUGAAGGUGCAUGGAAUGUAGAUGGAAAAGGACGAAAUAUUUGGGAUAUAGCAGUUCAUGAUCAUCCAGAAAUAAUUAGAGGCAAUGCCACAGGUGAUAGUGCUGCUGAUUCUUAUUAUCAUUAUAAAGAAGAUGUUAAGGCACUUAAAGCUUCUGGUUUCAAAUUCUACAGAUUCUCAAUUUCUUGGUCAAGAAUCCUUCCUGAAGGCAUGCAACCAAAUGAACUAGGAAUUCAAUACUACAAUAAUUUGAUUAAUGAACUUAUUGCUAAUGGAAUUAAGCCAAUGAUUACAAUGUAUCACUGGGACUUGCCAGAAUAUGUUCAACAAGUUGGUGGCUGGACAAACUCUUUAGUUGUGGAUUAUUUUGAACAAUAUUCAAACUUGAUCUUUGAGAGAUUUGGUGAUCGUGUUAAGACAUUCAUUACAUUUAAUGAGCCUUACAUAUUUUGUGAACAUGGAUAUGGAAGUGGGCAUGAACCACCAUUAGUUAAAUCUCCAGGUUUGGGUGUCUACAUGUGUGGUCAUAAUGUUUUAUUGUCACAUGCUAGAACCUAUCAUAACUAUCAACUCAAAUUCCGUGCAAGUCAAUUAGGUCAAGUCGGAAUCUGUUUGAACAGUGAAUUCUUCUUUCCACAAGACAACUCAGCUGCAGCUAUAAAUCUUGCAAAUCAGGCAAUGAAUCAUAUGUUUGGAUGGUUUGCUCAUCCAAUAUUCUCACAGGAAGGAAACUAUCCACAAAUCAUGAUUGAUAAUAUUAAAAGAAACAGUGGUGAUCGUCCAUGGUCAAGACUUCCAGAAUUCACAGCUGCUGAAAUUGCAAUGAUUAAAGGAAGUUCUGAUUUCUUAGCAAUCAAUUAUUAUUCAAGUCGAUAUGUUAGACCAAAGGUCAAUUAUCCAGAAGAAUACGGUUGGGAAGCUGAUGCAGGAAUUGAUAAAUACAUAGAUGCAAGAUGGGAACGAGCAGAAUCAAGUUGGCUUUAUGUUGUACCUGAAGGACUUUAUGGUCUCCUAAAAUGGAUCAAGGAUAAUUACAACAAUCCAACAGUCAUUAUUGCUGAAAAUGGAUAUUCAGACACAGGUGAGAUUGAAGAUGAUGGACGCAUUAGCUACAUUAGGAAGCACUUGCAAGCUGUAAAAGAUGCUAUGGAUGAAGGUUGCAACGUUGCUGCAUACACAGUCUGGUCACUACUUGAUAACUUCGAAUGGCUUCAAGGCUUCCAUGAAAGAUUCGGAAUCUACUAUGUUGACUUUUUUACCAAAAGACGAAUUCCAAAGAAAUCUAGCAAAUACUUUAAGGAAUUGAUAACAUCCAGAAAGAUAUGAGGUAUUACCAAACACCAAUAAAUUGCUUAUAAUUAUUAUAUUUCAAGUGCUACUAUUAAGGAGUGUAAGCUGUAAGCGCACAUGGAGUUUAACUUUAAGCUGAUAAGAAGUUUGUAUUUUUGUGAUUUUUACAGUGAUGAUAAAGUUGAAUUUUGAGAACCUUAAAUUUAUGCAAUUUUUAAUGAGUUGAUAUUUGAAGUUGAGAAUUUUGUUGGUAGAUGUCGCUAUGUGUGCUCAAACUUUG